AUGGAGUUCAAUGACAUUUACAUGAAUGCCACCCACAACCCCCAAAGUGAUGCAAAUAAGGUGGAUGUUCUAUCAAAAGUUCGGAAGAUUUAUAAGACGAAAGUCGGAAAACCUUUUGACAAUCAGGCGUAUUGGGGAGUUGUGAAGGACAAACCAAAAUGCCUUAAUCUAAAAAGUGCGGAUGAUCAAGCGGGCAUGUCCACACGAAGCAAAACUUCAAAGUCAACCCACAAUCAAUAUUAUGAUGCACGUAUUGGGGGGAUUGAACUCAACGACGAUCCAUAUGAAGCUUCAACUCGUCUUAUGGGAUGA